AUGGAACCACCGCGGCCUCCGCCGGGCUACAAUAGCUUCCGGUCAUGGCUCGCAGUCUUCGGCGCAUCUUUAUCAUUCUUCUGCACAGUCGGUUUUCUCAAUGCCUUCGGCGUAUUCCAAGAAUACUACCAAUCAUAUUUUGAGAGAUCCGAAUCCGACAUCUCAUGGAUCGGUUCCGUCUGCAUCUGCGUUCUCUAUCUCGGCGCCCCGGUAUCCGGGAUUCUGUGUGACAAGUUCGGCCCCACGAUGUUCAUCUGCAUCGGCAGCGUAGGACAGCUUGUUGCCCUAUUCAUGACAUCUCUUUGCACGAAAUAUUACCAGGCCUUCCUGGCACAAGGCAUCCUACUCGGCAUCAGCAUGUCACUAAUCUUCUGUCCCCCGAUCGCCGUCGUCUCCCGCCGCAUGCCCCACCGCCGCGGUCUUGCGCUCGGCCUCGUCAUCGGCGGUUCUUCUAUUGGAGGCAUCAUUUGGCCGAUUAUGCUAGAACAACUGCUGAAUCACCGACAAAUAAGCUUCGGCUGGACCAUGCGUGCGGUAGCAUUCGCCAUGAUUCCCCUCCUCGCGAUCGCUUGCCUGACGGUAAUCGAUGCGCCUGUGAUCGAAACUCGGCCGGCGCAGCCCGAGCCAGCUUCCGAUAACAGUGAGAAGGGCGACCAGGCAUCGACGGACGAGACGGAAAAGCAAAGAAAGACGGACUUUUCGAUUCUCAAAAACAAAUCCUUUAUGCUUCUAUGCGGCGGUCUCGCGCUUGGUUACUUCGGUCUUUUCACUCCACUCUUCUACGUCUCGGCCUACGGGAUAGCUCGCGGAUUGACGUCUUCGACUGCGUUCUAUCUUCUCUCUGGUCUGAACGGUGCCUCGUUCUUCGGAAGAGUCAUUCCGGGAUUCAUUGCAGACCGCUAUGGACAUUUCAACAUGUGUGUAAUCGCAACACUUUCUGCUGGUAUCGUGGGAUUUUGUUGGACCGCUGCGACAUCCCUUGGUGGUCUCGCUGUGUGGAGUUUGGCGUACGGAUUCUGUUCGGGCGCCGUCAUGAGUUUACAGGGCGCCUGCGUCGGAAAGAUUGCACAUCAUCGCAAUCAAGGCAUGGCUAUGGGCUUUAUGAUGGGAUCCAUCUCCGUGACGGCACUCGUUGGUCCGCCUAUCAGUGGUCAGAUGUUGAGUCAUUCUGGCUAUUUGGCACUGUCAAUGUGGACGGGUGCAACACUUGUUCUCGGGGCGGUGAUUCUCGGAUUGGCUAGGUUGAGGUUGAAUCGCAGCGUUCUUGCAGUGAUUUAG